CAUUGAAAAUGUAUCAAUGCCUCUCAGGAUUGGAGUUUGACUCCUUUGUAAGUCUUCAUCCACACAGCGUCUUCGAAACUUCCCGAGCGUCCCCAGAAUUGUCUCGGUCAGAGCUGAGUGCCGCUCUCUGUAAUCUCAUCAAUUUCUUCGGCUCCAUCUUGCUGUUCCGCGUCUGAGAAUUCUCUGCUAUUUCUCAGAUAAACGUGUUUGCUUCUCGCGGAGAAACCGAUGGAUGUCUGAGGUUCUUCAACUUUAAACCUUUUCUUUUGCCUUUAGCUUGUUCACAUCUAUCUUAUAGAUAUAUCCUAGUCUUUGAUAUGGUUUGGGUAGUUCAGUGUUUAUUUGUUCUGGGAUUCGGCAUAUUAUAAAUAGUUAUGGAUCCUAAGUUUUCUGGGUUGCCUGAUUCCAUAAACAAUGUCUUGGUAGCUGAUGACCAUGCCUUUUCACCCAAUUCCAAUCAAUACCCAGAUCUUUUAAACGAGUACACAUUCAAUUUGCCCUCCCCUGAUUUUAGCUUCCUUGAAACUUCUUUGCUUUCACCUGACCUGGGUCACACUGAUUUCGCUCCGCCGAUAACUGUUGACCCCGCAGCACAGCCAUAUGCUCCGCCCCCUGGCGAUAGCAUGAGCACACCGUCUGUAGGUACGAGUCCGGGGGUAGACUCGACCUCGGACGACACUGAGUUCUCGGAAACGGUUCUCAAGUACAUAGGGCAGAUACUUACGGAAGAUAACAUAGACGACAAGCCCUGCCUGUUUUACGACCCUUUGGGUCUAAAAGUCACCGAGAAAUCCUUCUAUGAUGCUCUCGGUCAGAAAUACUCUCCUUCCCCCAAUCUACACCAGGAAGAACCAACUUAUAUCAAUCUCAACUGGGGAAGCCCUGAUGAUGUUUUUUCUGCAAGCACUGGUGGUGAUUAUGGUACUAAUAGUAGUUCUAGCACUAACAAUAGUACUGAUCCACAGUGGGUCAGUGAUGUUGGGGAGUACAAGUCGUCUUUUUCGCAAGUUGUUCCUGGUGACCAUGUUUUCCAGUCCAAUUUGCAGCCCACUAAUGGAUCACAGUUUUUAGCCAAUCAGUCAAACAGCAUGACUAACAUCGGUGAUGGCAUGGAGCUUUUGGCUCAUAACAUUUUUACUGAUAGUGAAUCUGUGUUGCAAUUUAGGAAAGGGUUAGAAGAAGCUAGUAAGUUCCUUCCUAGGGGUAAGCAGUUGGUGGUUGAUUCGGGGACUAGCAUGGUAUCACCAGAGUUGAAGGGAGAGGAUCAAAAGGUGGAACUGAAGGGACAGAAGGGUGAGAGAGAGAAUUUACCAGAUGGGUUGAGGGGAAGGAAGAAUCAUGAGAGAGAAGAUGUAGAUGUAGAAGAAGGGAGGAGGAAUAAGCAGUCUGCGGUUUAUGUGGAAGACAGUGAAUUAACAGAAAUGUUUGAUAAGGUGUUGCUUUCCACGGAAGCACUUUCUCUGCUAUGUGGUAACAAUGACAAUGAAUCCAUGCAGAAUGAAGCAAGCAAGGCCUCACAGCCAAAUGCGCAGCCACAAGGAGUUAGUGGUGGGAAGAGCCGUGCUAAGAAACAGGGCAAAAAGAGGGAAAUGGUAGAUUUGAGGACUCUUUUGAUUCAAUGUGCGCAAGCUGUCUCAACAGGUGACAUUAGAACUGCAAAUGAGUUACUGAAACAGAUUAGGCAGCACUCUUCCCCUUAUGGUGAUGGGUCUCAUAGGUUGGCCCAUUUCUUUGCUAAUGGCCUUGAGGCACGCAUGGUUGGCACUGGCACUGGAACUCAAAUUUUUUAUAGUUCCGUAAUUUCCAAAAGGAUCCCAGUUUCUGAAAUAUUGAAAGCUUACAAAGUUUAUCUUUCAGUCUCCCCUUUCAAGAGGACCUCACUAUUCUUUGCUACCAAAAUGAUUCAUAAAGUAGCAGAGAAAGCUACAAGUCUUCAUAUUAUAGACUUUGGUAUCGAAUAUGGUUUCCAUUGGCCACUUCUGAUCCAUAAGCUCUCAAAAAAAGCUGGAGGACCUCCCAAGCUACGUAUUACAGGGAUAGAGCUU